CGCCCUCCCGCGCCCUAUGCCCGCGCCCUAUGCCGGAGCGGGCGCCGUCCCCGGCUCAGCCACCCGACGACCAUGAAGUGCUCGUUGCGCUUCUGCUUCCUCUCGACCGCCUUCCUGCUCGUAUUCGUCAUGUCCCUCCUCUUCACCUACUCCCACCACAGCAUCGCCUACCUGGACCCCGGCGGGCUGGGCGGCAUCCACCGGGUGAAGCUGGUGCCCGGCUAUGCCGGGAUGCAGCGGCUCAGCAAAGGGGGGCCGUACCCCCGGGGCUGCUCCUGCCGCCGCUGCCCGGCCGAGGAGCCCGGAGCCGCCGACUGGUUUGAUAGGCGCUAUGACGGUACCGUGUCCCCAGUGUGGACCAAGGAGAACAUGGAUCUACCGCCCGACGUCCAGAGGUGGUGGAUGAUGCUGCAGCCCCAGUUCAAGUCCCACAACACCCACGAGGUCCUGAGCAAGCUCUUCCAGAUCGUGCCGGGCGAGGAUCCCUACCGCUCCCGUGACCCGCGCCGCUGCCGCCGCUGCGCCGUGGUUGGCAACUCAGGCAACCUACGCGGCUCUGGUUACGGGCCGGAAAUCGACGGGCACGACUUUGUGAUGCGGAUGAACCAGGCCCCCACGGUGGGCUUUGAGGGCGAUGUGGGUGGUCGGACCACACACCACUUCAUGUAUCCCGAGAGUGCCAAGAACCUUCCCGCCAACGUCAGCUUUGUGCUUGUGCCCUUCAAAACCCUGGACCUGCUCUGGAUCGCCAGUGCCCUCUCCACCGGCCAGAUCAGGUUCACAUACGCACCUGUGAAGCCUUUUCUGCGUGUGGACAAAGAAAAGGUGCAGAUCUACAAUCCUGCCUUCUUCAAGUACAUCCACGACCGCUGGACAGAACACCACGGGCGUUACCCCUCCACUGGCAUGCUGGUGCUCUUCUUUGCCCUCCAUGUAUGUGAUGAGGUGAACGUCUUUGGGUUCGGUGCUGACAGCCGGGGGAACUGGCACCACUACUGGGAGAACAACCGCUACGCCGGGGAGUUCAGGAAAACGGGGGUGCACGAUGCCGACUUCGAGGCACACAUCAUUGACAUGCUGGCCAAAACCAGCAAGAUCGAGGUUUACCGGGGAAACUGAGGGCUGACUCUCCAGCUCCCUGCUCCUGCAGGUCCUGCUUCCUGCAGGGGCAGAGGGUAAGGGUCUCCCUGGUGGCCUCAGGCAAUGAGCACCGCAGUUCCGCAUUGCUGACAGCCACUGCGGUGGUAUUUGGUGCCUCCAGCAGCCAAUCAGGUUCAGAGCUAAAGGAGACUUUUUGCUUUUUUUUAAUUAUUAUUAUUAUUAUUAUUAUUAAGAAACCCAGCUGAGAAAGGAUUUAUAAACACAAUCAGCGACUGACCAGGCGGCAGGGGUGGCCGCCUUGCAUCUCUCUACAGUCAAACCAAAUGCUGCUCUUUUUAAAAGAAGACAACCCCCCACCCCCCGAAGCCGCGGGACUUUGGGGAACCCCUUGAGCAUCGUGUCCCAGCCGAGGGAGCUGUGGUGGCUGCGCAGCCUCACCAGUGGAACCAGCUGCUUCUUUUUUCCUUUAUUUUGGUAUUUUUCUUUUAUGCCCCUGGGGCAGCCGAUGCCGUCAUUUCUCCAGGGAAGGCUCCUGGCACAGAGGCAGGUCCCAGCACAUGGAUCCAUGGUGGGGAGCCAGAAGCUUCAGGAAGCCGACCAUUGCUGAUGCUCUGCUGCAGGCUGGUGACUGCUGGCACAGCUGUGCAGGGAGAUGCACUUUGGGGUGCAGCAUCCGUGCUCUUCUAUCUGAGGAUUGGGGAAGGGUAGGACAGAUUUCAGGAAUGACUGCACAGGAGGCAGCUAAGACACUUACACAAGCAGCAGCUGGUCACUCCAGCUGAGCUCUCCAAGCAGUUGUAGGAUGGUUGAGGGGUUGUGGUUGCAGCAGGGUCAAGCAGACAGGAUUUCCUUUGCUUUCAGGCUGGGAAAAAUCAGAUCAGAGAUUAGUGGGUGAGUGAACUGUGCUUUUGCUUUUGUGUUGCUCUAAACAGCUCUAGUGAGAAGCUGAAAUCCCAAAGUCUUUGCUCUUUUUGCCAGGGUGGUGCUUGGUUUACACCAUUCUGUUACAGCCAGGGCCCUCAGAGUCCCCAAGGCUUCCCAGGCUGGACAGGCAGCCUAUGACAUAGGAUGGGGAGAUGCUGAAGGAAACUGCCCCCUCAGAGAUGCCAUUAAAACCACUUUCAUUGGGUCAAUAAGGUGGGGCUGUUUUUUUUAGGAGAUGCUGGAAAACUCAAGAUAAAGGCAACCAUGGAAAAGGUCCUCCAGAGAGGGACCCUCCACCUGCACAGCUGGUGCUGAGAGUGGAGCAGGGGCUCGGGAGCAGUGCCCAUCUGGGGAAAGCUCUGCCCAUGCUGCCUCGUUGCAAUAGCUAAUUUGAGGAACAAUCACUGAAGGUUUUUUGGGCUUGGAGAUUUUUUAGCCUUUUGUAUCUGGCUUUUCUGUAGCAGCCUCUUACCUGCUUCUCCACUUUGGUUUGGUUGUUUUUCAGGGUUUUCUUUUAAUUUUUUGAGGUUUCUCUGCAAUUGUGAAACACAUCUGGUGGAGGGUGUGGGUUGGUCACCUGGAGCUGGCAAGUCAGCAGUCCUUGGGCUGGGGAAAUUCAGCUUUUCUGUCCGCAGGGAUUUAAACGCUGGAGUUUUGUGGUCUGUUUUGGUCUGUAGAAGUGGAGCUGCCCUGGUGCAGGCAGCCCCAAGCCCCAGGACACAGGCUGCUGCAAGCCC